AUGUACAAGGUUGAAGCAGAUGCUUCAAUAGCUCCAAUGGAGAAAUAUGAGAAAGAGGCAUUGUACUCUGCAAUUCAAGGUUUUGUUGGAAAAGAAUGGAAUGGUUCAUACCUUUAUCCUGAUCCUUGUGGCUGGACAACAAUAGAGGGAGUAUCAUGUGAUUUCUCUAAUGGCUUCUGGCACAUAACUGAAUUAAGCAUUGGAGAAGUAUAUGACAAUUCUCUUAGCUGCUCCUCAGCUGCAGAGUUCAGAGAAGACUUGUUUAAGCUCAAGCAUCUAAAAAGACUUUCCUUCUCAAAUUGCUUUCUCUCAUCUCACCACAAACCAAUUACAAUUCCCACAUCAAAUUGGAAUAGUCUUGCUAACAGCCUUGAAUCGUUAGAGUUUCGAUCAAAUCCUGGUCUAACCGGGACAAUUCUCACCAGUUUUGGCAACCUUAAGAAUCUUCAAUCUCUAGUACUGCAAGAAAAUAGACUCAAAGGAGAAAUACCAGAAGCUUUAGGCAGCUCAAUAAAAUUAGUGCGCCUAGUUCUUUCAGGAAACAGUUUUGUAGGUCCAAUUCCUCCUAGUCUAGGAAAAUUGACAAAUCUUUUGAUAUUUGACGCGAGCAGGAAUUUUCUAUCUGGUACAUUACCUGUGACUUUUGGUGAUUUGGCUUCACUUAUAAAGCUUGAUUUGAGCAACAAUUUAUUAGAUGGAAAAUUACCUAGAGAAAUUGGAGGCUUAAAGAGUAUAACACUGCUUGAUCUGAGCCAUAACAAAUUUUCAGGGGGUUUGCCAGAGAUAAUUCAAGAAAUGGUUUCAUUACAAGAACUUGUGUUAUCUAACAAUCCAAUAGUUGAUUAUGUUACAAGAAUUCAAUGGCAGAAACUGAAAAAUUUAGAAAUCCUGGAUCUUUCCAACAUGGGAUUGAAAGGGAACAUACCAAAUUCCAUGACAGAAAUGAAGAAGCUGAGAUUUCUCAGCCUCAGCAGUAAUAGUCUUUCAGGAAACAUUCCAUUGAAAUUUGAGAGAAUGCCAACUAUUCAUGCUUUGUAUCUUGAUGGAAAUGACUUCACAGGGAAACUUGAAUUUUCAAUGAGGUUCUAUGAGAAACUAAGGAGUCGUUUUCGAGCUUCAGGUAACGUGAAUCUAUGCUCGUCUCUCGAGUUAAUGUCGACAAGGCAUGUACCAGAAGGAGUAAAACAAUGUGAACAAGAUAGUAUAAUGCAUAGUGAAGAUUCAGACACCAGUUUAAAGAAUGAAUUUUUGAAUCAGAAUCUGCAUCUUAUUGCUUCUUUUGGACACUCAGUCCAUGUUGUUAGUGGUUUUACAUUUUGUUUUGUUGCAAGGAUGAUACUUAUGGCUCUUCUUUGGAUUAUAUGA